AUCCGCCCAGACUUUCUGCUGCUGGCUUCCUGCUGAGCCUCCACUCUGUCUGUCGCUGCCUGUAGCGGUACACGCUGCCACUCAGCCUCAACACUGAAUCCACAAGUUCCGGAGCCGGGGAAACAUCGACAUUUCGGGUGGAGCGGCGUUGAGGAGCUCACUGAGCAGGACGGCAGACAUCAUGGUGAACAUCCCAGAAUACUAUGCAGGGAAAAAUGUGCUGAUCACUGGGGCAACAGGCUUCAUGGGCAAGGUGCUGCUGGAGAAGCUGCUGAGGUCCUGUCCAGAGGUGAAAACCGUCUAUGUGAUGGUCAGGUCCAAAGCUGGUCAGAGCCCUCAGGCACGCAUCACUGAAAUGAUCAACUGCAAGCUGUUUGAAAGGGUGCAGGAGGAGCAGCCCGACUUUGCAAAGAAGAUCAUAGCGAUGAGCAGCGACUUGAUUCUUCCGGAGCUGGAUCUGAGUAAAGAGGAUCAGAGCAUCUUGGCUGAAAACAUUAACGUGGUUUUCCACUGUGCUGCCACCAUCCGCUUUAAUGAGGCUCUCAAAGACGCCGUGCAGCUGAAUGUCCUGGCUACCCAAAAGAUGCUGGCCCUGGCCCACAGGAUGAAGCACCUGGAGGUGUUUCUGCACGUCUCCACAGCCUACGCCAACUGUGACCGAGAGCUCAUUGAGGAAGUUGUUUAUACUCCCCCGGUAGACUACCGCAAGCUCAUCGAUUCUCUGGACUGGAUGGAUGACGAGCUGGUCUCCGCUCUCACCCCAAAGCUGAUCGGGGAGCGUCCCAACACUUACACCUACACAAAGGCUCUGGCUGAGUAUUUGGUGCAGCAGGAGGCAGGAGACCUGAACGUAGCCAUCAUCAGACCUUCCAUAGUGGGAGCCAGCUGGAAGGAGCCCUUCCCAGGCUGGAUUGAUAACUUCAAUGGACCGAGUGGAAUAUUUAUCGCAGCCGGUAAGGGGAUCCUCCGUACAAUGAGGGCGUCUAAUGAUGCCGUGGCUGACCUAGUGCCGGUGGACGUGGUCAUCAAUGCUACCAUAGCAGCUGCCUGGUACUCAGGAUCUCAGACUCUCAGCAGGCCCAGAAACAUCAUUGUUUACAACUGCACCACCGGGGGAAUCAACCCGUUCCACUGGGGCGAAGUUGAGUACCAUGUAAUAUCCACUUUCAAGAGGAACCCCCUUGAGCAGGCCUUUCGUCGGCCCAAUGUAAAUCUCACAACCAAUCACCUAAUCAAUCAAUACUGGAUCGCUGUGAGCCACAAGGCUCCGGCCUUCCUCUAUGAUCUGUACCUCAGGCUGAUUGGACGAGAGCCCAGGAUGAUGAAGACCAUCACCCGCCUCCACAGAGCCAUGAUGGUGUUGGAGUACUUCACCAGUCACUCCUGGGUGUGGAACAAUGACAACGUGUCCAUGCUGAUGUCCCAGUUGAGCCCUCAGGAUAGGAAGAUGUUCAACUUUGACGUCCGACAGCUGCACUGGGCAGAGUACAUGGAAAAUUACUGCAUGGGCACCAAAAAAUACGUCCUGAAUGAAGAGCUGUCUGGCCUGCCUGCUGCUCGCAAACACCUCAACAAGCUGAGGAACAUUCGCUACACCUUCAACACCAUCCUCGUGGUGCUCAUCUGGCGUGUCUUCAUCGCCCGAUCACAGAUGGCCAGAAACAUCUGGUACUUUGUGGUGAGCCUCUGCUUCAAAUUCCUGUCCUACUUCAGAGCAUCCUCCACCAUGAGAUAAUGAACCUGGACCCGGGUCGUGUGGGGCGCAGAGAAGAAGAAGAAGAGAAGAAACACAGACACAGAGAGGGCCACUGGAUGAGUCUGGGGGUCCACAGUCUAAAUGUUGCGUACAAUCAAUACAUGUAACCUGCUCAUAACACGCAGAGGACAUGGAUGAGUCUCGGUGUAUAACGCCCAUACCCCCCACAGUUGGACGAUGUACCGGACCAAAUGCCUUCACUCUGUUCAUUUCCAGUCAGACCAGUCCACCUCUGAACCUAGUCAGCUCUUACAGUCUUUAAGCUCCAUGGCGCCCACACCUGCUCCAUCUCAACACUCUGCUUGUCUGGCUGCCUGUAUUUCAAAACUAUGCAUUGGAUUGUUGCAAAAAACCUGGUUUUGAGUCAGUCCAUGCUGUCCCCUCUGUUACGUUACCUUUUAGCAAUAACAACUCUAACAUAUGUAAGCUAUGUUUCUCUGCUGUCACCCAAAAACAUCAGGCUGUUUCUCUCUCUCUGUUUUUAAUCCAUGAAGCUUUUUAACUCAUCAUGACACACGUAUGUCAGCAGGGAUCUCUUGGGUUUCAUCUGACAGCAGCAUUUACUGAGGCAAAACUGGAGCUACACUUGGAGCCAGUUUAGAACUUUUGUUUGGUGGCAGCUGAAGGAUGACGCGUUCAGGGACAAGCUGGCCAUGGGAGCAUUUCUAAACUCUGUCUCUCUUAUUUCUAUCCCCAAACCAAAGCCAAUGUAUAUGAAACCUGCACGCAUAGUGUGACAGAGAGUUGUUAUUGCAGGGUUUUGUGCGACUGGCUCAUGUUGGCCCACAGCCCAUCAAGAGCUGUCACUCACUCAUCCCACGUGUUCUCCUGUACGUCCCUGGUGACCUGCUAGUUUAUCUCCACAACAAGCACAGUGUAGAUUGUAAUAUAACGGCUUUAUCCAGUGCCUACCAACAUCAACUUUCAUCAACAGACCUUUCAAACGGAGCUGCUGCUUCUUCUCCAGGUUCCUUUUCGUUGUUGUUCGACUGUCAGCUGUCAGUCUUUAAGCUGUUUUUGCCAAAAUACCUCUUAGCUAACCGACUUGUAGCUCAGCAGAGGAUGAGACGGGAGGAGUUGAGAGGUCAGAUGUUUCGUUUAUGGCUUGUUUUUCUCUGUUCUCCUUGAGAUUGAAGGACUGGAUGAUGUAUUGAGUCAUGAACACACACUAUAUGAGAGGACUCUGAUUGAGGUGUGUGCACCACAGUUCAGAGUAGCUCUUCCUGUAGCUCGCUGUCUGCGUGUCUUUAGCUCCUUGGCUUCAGUCAUAUUCCUGUUUGAGUGUGUGUAUGUGAAUAAAUGUUUGUUAAGUAACUUUUAUUUACACACCUAUUUUAUGACUGCAGUUUAUGUCCUGUACUCGUGCUGUUCAUUAAAACUCUUGGACCAUAAUGUUGCCUUCAUGGUUCACCACACAUGGUUACUCUCCUCAGACGUCAUGCUCAGCUUCGGGAAGCUUAGAUGCUGUUGUAAUGUUGAACUUGUGUGUUCCAGUUUGUAAAUUAUAUAAACCUACAGAAUUAGAAAACUUAUUUCAUCAUUACAAAAUAGAGACACUUCCACAAUGACAGCGUAAAGCGGACAGAGCGACUUGUUCAUUUACUGCAUGACAACCAAGCGGCAACCUCCGGUCUAAUGCGGAAGUGUUCAAAACUGCACUUCCUGAAGUGUCCACUUGAGGCUAGCUCUGAAAGUACCGGAAACCACAUACACACCCAUUCAAAAAAGCAGAAAUAAACAUGUUUACAGCCUGGUACAAAAAAACAGUGUAGUCUGGCUAGCUCAUUUCUCGAUCAGCACACACUGUACGGGGUGAAUGUUUUUCUAACGCAGCAAUUUCGAAGUUAUUGAGAUUACGAGUUUUCCAAUGAGAGGCACAGCUUGAUUGACAGGCGGGAACACUGUACCUGUUGGCUAGGAGGCUCAAAGCCCGCCUCUUUACAUCACAAUCACUCCACAGCAGCAAUAUGGCUCCCAACAACGAUUGGCUUCAAAACAGCUCUUCAGAAACAGAUGAAUGACAUCACGGAUACUACGUCCUUUAUUUAUACAGUCUAUGAAUACAACAGCUAACAUUAGCACCAAACAGCUAACAUUACUGUACUGUUCAGAGUAUUACUCAGUGUAAUAUUGAACCAAGCAGCAACAUCCGGUCUCAAAAUAAGAAGCACAUGCGGAAGUGUUAUAAACUGCAGUUCAUCGAGCGUCCACUAGAGGCUGGCUGCAGCAACACCAGAAACCACAUACACACCCAUUCAAAGAGACGAUCUUUUUAUAGCAUUAAUAAACAUGUUUACAGCCUGGUUCAAAAAACGGCUUGGCUCUACGUAGCUCAUUUCUCUAUCAGCACACACUGUACGGGGGUGAAUUUAUUUAUAAUGCAACAGUUCAGAAGAUAUUAAGAUCACAAGUUUUUGCCCAAAUAAAGACAUGACUGACUUGACUCGGGAACAUAUAGCUGUUGGCUAGGAGGCUCAAACCCCGCCUCUUUACCUCACACUAAGUUUGGUUGAGUUCAGCAUUUCCAAUAUGGCUGCCGCCGCCGCCUGGCUUCAAAAGCAGCGCUCAGGAACAGUAGGGAGAUGUCACGGAGACUACGUCCAUUAUUUAUACAGUCUAUGUAUGGAAGAAAUAACCUGAAUGGGUUAACACACAAGUCUGAUCCCAAGUCCCUCUCAGAGAGGAAACAGAGGAACAUAGUCAGAUUACUAAACCAGCCUACAACAGCGUGUGAGCAUCCCGCUCUGAGCUCGGUGUCGGAGGGAACGCUGUGUGAAUUUCUUCUUGAUACUGAAGAAAUUCAGCAUUUUAAGAUUUUGCAUUACAUUUUUCUCAUUCCCUAGAAAUGAAUCCUCUUUGCCAUACUGUGUCUCCAGUGAACCCCCCCUGAGGUUUACCUCUGCACUUUGUCCUAACGUCUGUUACCUGUUCCUCGAGCACACUACAAUGUUUGAAUAAAGCAGGGUAUGACUCCACGCUGAUCUUUAACUGCGCUCGCAUGUAUCUUUUUAGCGAUGUUGAUCACAUGUAUAUUCAUGUCCUGUGAAUGUCUUGGAUCGUGUAGGAAUGUGAUUUGUUGCUGUUUUUAUCUGACAGCAUGAGCCAUUUGACAUUGAACCAUGUGACUUGGUGAGAAGAUACAAAGCUUUGGAAAGAUGUGUGCAAGUGUGAACUGUGCCUGAACUUUUUUCAAUAUUCUAACAAUGUGAAGAGAGAGCAAUCAGAUCUAUGUUUUCUAAUUAUUUUGUGUACAGCUCUAUUUAGGUAGACCUCCAAAUGUAAAGAGACUGAUGUAUUUUUCUGCUGAUGACAUUGUGUGGCUAUUUUACUGACAAGAAGCUUCUUAAUUCUUCAACAUGUAAACAGAAACGCAGCAUCUUGAGAGCUGACUUGUCACAAGUUGCUUGUUAUUAGACUUCAGUGUAUGUACAUGUACUUGUUUUUCUCUGAAUGUAAUACAUUAACACCGCCUGACUUGUUUGCACAGUAAGAAUCUGCCUCUGACUCCUAAAACAAGAAAUCAACUUUACUAGAAUUGCCUGUAAUUUUUAUAUGAAGCAAGCCUGUAUGUUGGAGUGCUGUGCAAUAACUCUUUGUGGUUCUAUCUCCUCUUUGUGGUGACGGUGUGAGUGAGUGGUGGAGGAUGGCUGCUGUUCAUCUUCUGUGUGGAUGGUGGUGGGGUGGGGAGGGAUGUCUGUUUCAUGAAGUUUUGUUCACUAAACUGGGCAUUGAACACACGUAACAUUAGGGAGUAGUCCUCAAUAUGAAAACAAGAUUCCCAAAAAUAGCAGAAUCAGAUUCAGAAAUACUUGAUUUAUCCCGGGAGGGAAAUUCAGUUAUUACAGAGCUCUUAUAAACAGUAUGUGAGGAAGUCAAAUAUUAACCCUCGUGUUACCCUCAAAUUUACUAUCAGCUUUUAUCCAUGGGGUCAAUUUGACCCCAGCAAAUGAAACCUCCAGAAACAGAUUGUUACCCAGGUUUAUGUAUGAGGUUGUUUCUUUGUUGACUAUCUAAAUUGCCUUUAAAUAAAAUAUAUUUUAAACAUUAACACAAUUUAAAGCAUUCAGAAGGACUUUAUUAUAAAACAGAACAUCAGACUACAGUGAGUUUGUCAUGCUCUCGUCGGCCCUGCCUUGUUUUAUGUUAUCAAAACAUGACACAGGACUCAUCACUGAAUGUCUUCAGAGACAUGGUGCCUGGAAAUAUUAUAUCUCAAUCAGAAGGUUGGCGGUUUGAUCCCAGCUCCUGCAGUCACAUGUGGAAGUGUCCUUGGUUAUAGUGACCUCAAUAUCAUCCAAAACAACCAAAACAAAUGUAAAAUGUUGACAUUUCUUAUGUUAUAUACAGCUAAAACAGCCUGGGGUCAAUUUGACCCCAAGGAACACCGAUGCGUACAUUUUUUUUCCAGGAAAUUGGAACAUAUCAACAUUUUAAUUUGACAUUUUCCCAGUUUUCCCCAUUAAAUGAGGAAAAGUCAUAAAAUAUGAAGACAAAAUAAUGAUGGUAGUCAUUCAUUUAGAGACGUUAAACAUCGAAUGGGGUCCAAUUGACCCCAAGGAUAAUAGGAGGGUUGAUAGCAGAAAGGAAUAAAAUAAGAUAUAGAUAAUAAAAUAUAAGUAUAUACAGCAGCACAGAAUAGAUAGAAUUACAUAUGCACAAAAGCGCUGGGAAUGAAGGAGAUCUAUACAAGACACCAAAUGACCAUGUGUGAUUAGUUAUGCAAUAAGCACAGUUAAAGGAAUAGUCUGUCUUUUUUGGGUAAUGAACUCCAGCCUGGCGUUCAUUGUACUUUAAUAAAAGGAAACAGAUAUCCAAAGCUGAUACGGAGUCGUGAGGACAUGCUACAUUUAAAUUCAUGCUAGUUUUCCGUGACUACCAACCCUAGCUUUAAUCGUACUUGUAGAAAGUGAUCUACAUCAUGAGGACUGAGGGGAAGUGUUUGAAUCGGGUUAGAAGGAGACUCAAUGACCUGACCUGUGAUCAGGUUUUGAUUUAAAUGUGGCUCAAUCCAGACUAGUGCAAAAAACACCAAAACAACAACCAACCAAAAUAAUGUGCAUUAAACAAACACAGGUUAGUGUCAUAUGGGAACUCACUCUGACAGAAAUCCUCACUGAAGGAUGUUUGCAGGACAUGUUAAGAGCUUGAUCACAGAUAUGAACACAUGAGUGAUGUAUUUAACAGUUCUGUGUUUUGUUGGAUUAAAUUCUCAUUUUUUUUUCUACAGAUAUUAAAGAAACCUUUUUUUCCA